CGCCAUUCCCGCUCAAUUCCGUCCGGUCAAAGUUCAACAGUUCGGCAAACAGAGACGUGAUCUAAAAGAGUAAAUGAGCUCUUCUUCGUCUCCAAGCGAUCGGAGGCUGAGCGCACUCGCUCGGCACCUCAGCUCUCCGGCGGAAUCUCCUGUCGCCGGCGUCUCCGCCUCGAUCACGUCAUCUGAUGUCGGCUCCGUCUUCAGCCACGUCGUCCGCGCUCCCGAGGAUCCUAUUCUCGGCGUGACUGUGGCAUAUAACAAAGAUCCGAGUCCCGUGAAGUUGAACUUGGGAGUCGGUGCUUACCGUACCGAGGAAGGGAAGCCUCUUGUUCUGAAUGUAGUGAGGAAAGCAGAGCAGCAGCUUGUCAAUGACAGGUCUCGUGUUAAGGAGUAUCUUCCAAUUGUUGGUUUGGCUGAAUUUAACAAAUUGAGUGCAAAGCUCAUUUUUGGUGCAGACAGCCCCGCUAUCCAGAGUAACAGGGUCACCACUGUUCAAUGUUUAUCGGGUACUGGCUCAUUGAGAGUCGGGGGUGAGUUCUUGGCAAGGCAUUAUCACCAGCAAAUUAUAUAUAUUCCUCUGCCAACUUGGGGAAAUCACCCCAAAGUUUUCACUCUCGCUGGUUUGUCCGUGAAGACCUAUCGGUACUAUGAUCCAGCCACACGCGGUUUGGAUUUUAAAGGACUUAUGGAAGACCUUGGUUCUGCUCCAUCUGGAGCUGUUGUUCUUCUUCAUGCAUGCGCUCAUAAUCCAACUGGCGUUGAUCCAAGCCUUCAGCAGUGGGAGCAGAUUAGGCAGUUGAUGAGAUCAAAAAAGCUGUUGCCCUUCUUUGACAGUGCUUAUCAGGGUUUCGCCAGUGGAAGUUUGGAUAAAGAUGCUCAGUCUGUUCGAAUAUUUGUAGCCGAUGGCGGUGAGUGCCUUGUUGCACAGAGUUAUGCAAAAAACAUGGGGCUUUAUGGAGAACGAGUUGGAGCCCUGAGCAUAGUAUGCAAGACAGCUGAUGUGGCUGGCAAAGUAGAGAGUCAAUUGAAACUUGUAAUUAGGCCUAUGUAUUCCAAUCCACCAAUUCAUGGGGCAUCUAUUGUAGCUGCCAUCCUCAGGGACAGGAACUUGUAUAAUGAAUGGACUAUUGAGUUGAAGGCUAUGGCUGACCGAAUCAUUAGCAUGCGCCAUCAACUUUCCGACGCUUUGCGGGCUAGAGGUACACCAGGCGACUGGAGCCACAUUAUCAAGCAGAUUGGGAUGUUCACUUUCACGGGUCUCAAUGCCAAGCAAGUUGCUUUCAUGACCAAGGAGUAUCACAUCUACAUGACUGCUGAUGGGAGGAUUAGCAUGGCAGGACUGAGUUCAAGGACAGUCCCUCACCUUGCUGACGCCAUUCAUGCAGCCGUCACUCGCGUCGUCUGAGAGGUUCACCUUGUCUAUGCACUUGUAGCAUCUGGUUUCAGGUCAUUUGUUUUGUAAUAAUUACCACCUCAGCGUGGACAGAGGUCUGACAUAAAUGUUUUAUUUAAGGAAAUCGGAAACAAAUUUCUAUUGGCAUCAAAUCAUUCGAACGAGAAGGUUUGGUUUCUACUGUAAGGAUGCCCUUGGGAAACUCAAUCCCCAAGGACCAUCUCCUCUAUGACCUCACACUGUUGGCAAUCUAAAGGCCCUGUUAUUUGGUAAAA